UAUAAACGCCGUCAUCUCCCAGUAAACGGGCUUUCGCAGUGUAGCGGUGAACACAAACCCUCUUCUCUCUCUUCUCUCAUGAGCGACGCUGUCACUGACGCUCAGACGCGCUCGAGCACACGGUUCGGUUCGGACAUGAUACCGGCGCGCACCCGGAGAUGAGGCUCAGAAAUGGCACCUUCCUAACAGUCUUACUAUUCGGGUUAUGUGGGCUCAUAUCGUUAUCGUGGUACACCGCAUUCAGCAAUUCAAAAGGCAAUGUGGUAGACAUUUACCAGAGGGAAUUUCUGGCCCUUAGAGACCGUCUCCACUCCGCCGAACAAGAAAACCUCAAACGCUCCAAAGAGCUCAACCUGGUGCUCGAUGAGAUCAAGCGAGCCAUUGCUGAGAAACAAGCACUGCGGGAUAUCAAUCGUACCUGGAGCAGUCUGUCAGAUGAGACUAAGCUGAAGUUGUGGAACGUGACCAGCAGUAAGAAUGUUCUUCAGCUGCCCAGCAUCUUCCACCAUCUGCCACACCUGCUUGCCAAGGAGACAAGCCUUCAACCAGCCGUACACGUGGGCCAGGGACGCACCGGAGUGUCGAUAGUGAUGGGUGUGCCCAGUGUGAAGAGGGAGGUUCAUUCCUACCUGACGGACACGUUGAGCUCGCUGAUGUCCGAGUUAAGUCCGGCUGAGAAAGAGGACUGUGUCAUCGUUGUCUUCAUUGCGGAGACGGAUCAACAAUAUGCAAAUAGCGUCGCUGACAACCUUAAGCGCCUCUUUCCAGGGGAGAUUCAGUCCGGUCUGCUGGAGGUGAUCUCUCCCUCAAUCCAUUUCUAUCCGGACUUCUCUCAUCUCAAAGAGUCAUUCGGUGACCCUAAAGAACGUGUCAGGUGGCGAACAAAGCAAAAUUUGGAUUACUGCUUCUUGAUGAUGUACGCCCAGACCAAAGGGACAUAUUAUGUGCAGCUAGAGGAUGACAUUGUCGCACGGCCAAAUUAUUUCACUACUAUGAAGAAUUUUGCCCUGCAGCAGCCGUCAGAGGAGUGGAUGAUUCUUGAGUUCUCCCAGCUGGGCUUCAUCGGUAAAAUGUUCAAAUCCUUGGACUUGCCACUGAUUGUGGAGUUUAUGCUAAUGUUUUACAAAGACAAGCCCAUUGAUUGGCUACUGGACCACAUCAUGUGGGUGAAGGUCUGCAACCCAGAAAAAGAUGCAAAACAUUGUGACAGGCAGAAAGCAAACCUACGCAUUCGCUUUAAACCGUCUCUCUUUCAACACGUGGGAACACACUCUUCCCUCGCUGGAAAGAUCCAGAAACUCAAGGAUAAGGACUUUGGAAAGCAGACAUUGCAUAAAGGCCAUGCGAACCCUUUAGCGGAGGUCACCACCAGUCUGAAAACAUAUCAGCACUUCACGCUGGAGAAGGCCUACCUGGGAGAAGAUUUCUUCUGGGCUUUCACGCCUGUGGCUGGGGACUUCAUACGCAUUCGAUUCUUUACACCUGUCCGUGUAGAGAGGUAUUUCUUCCGCAGUGGAAACAUCGAGCACCCUGGAGACAAGCUUUUCAACACAACAGUGGAGGUUCUUCCAUUCGAUAAUAUUCAGUCUGAGAAAGAAGCAUUAAAAGAGGGACGAGAGAAGACACCAAAGUACCAGCGCACAGAAGACGGCUUUAUCAGAAUAGGGAAGUUUGAGAACGGUAUAGCUGAGGGGGAGGUGGACGCUUCAUUCGGUCCGCUGGAGGCUCUGCGGCUCUCGGUACUGACAGAUUCUCCUGUGUGGGUGAUUCUCAGCGAGAUUUUCAUCAAGAAAGCCGAGUGAUGGACGUUCACCAAUACCUCUUGACUUCAGCGGGCUCACUGAUGCAGCAUGGAGUCUGUUCAGUGUCUCCACAUGAGCUCCAGCCAUGAGUUUCUUUAGCUUGGUCCAAUAGUGCCACUUGCUGGCGACAAGCUGUUAUAGCAGGGUAAAGGAUGCCAGCUAUCGGCUGAAUGUGAGCUGUCACACAAAGACAAACGGCUCGUGCGGUCAUAAGACGCACUGCUGAGGCUGACUGAGUGACGCUGUGUUUUGUAAACUGUAUUUAUAUGUAUAUAUGCCCAUGGGUGGGUUUAUGUUAUUACACUGGUGAUAUUGUCAGGGGCUUCCUGGACGGUUGUGCCCAACUUUGACAUUCAACUAAUGCUGCUUUUGAAGGACUCUCUUCUUAAUUUCCUACUCCAGAUACAAUUUUCAAAGUACAAUUUGUGUUGGUAAUUCGUUGAGGAAUAAUUCUAUUCAGACUAUUGGAAAUAUUGUAUAUUUAUUGUAUUUAUUACGAUACAUUCGAAAGUACACGCAGGCAAACGUGUGUUUGUUUGUGCACAGGCCUAGUGUGUCAUCCAAAGUCAGUCCAAAUGAUUUGUUCAGAUUUAUUGUAUGCUGCAAAUAUGUUUUUUUUUUUUUCUAAAAAAUUUUAAAUUGCUGGAGUUUCUUGUGAUAAUUAAACUACAACGAACACAAGGAAGGCCUUCAGAUCUUUUUAUUUUAACUAUAUUUUUGUCUAUUUGCUUUCCAACCAAAUGAAGUUUGAACAUAUGUUUUUAUCUAUCUCUCUCUAUUAACGCCUUUCCUUAAUGCAACUGGGCAAUAGUGACGUGUGUUAGAGUUAGUAGGAUAAACUGAAGCAAAUCUUCAUGGAUAUAUAAAUACAGAGAGAAAGAAAGAGGGGUCCUUUUUGAAACAUGUUAUGUCUGUAAAUCAAUGCACUGGUAUGUUAUCUCUCUGGUGAUAGAGCUAUAAUGUUACUGUUCAUUAAAUGAUACACUGUUUUAUGCCUUAAAUUUAUUCCACGUUAGUGCAAUAAACUGAACAACAAUACGUUAGAGAAACGUUUCCUACAAACUUUGAAAAAGAAACUUUGUGCACCAACAGGAGCGUUUUGAAAGAUCAUCCCCAUCUGAUCUUCAAUGAUGCUGAUAAAUUUUUAAUCUGAAGAGGUUCAUCUACCUGUCUCAGAUGAAGAAAUACACCUCUCUCAACGUCUACUGUCCUGUUAUGUUGUCUCCUGGAUAACUGAUUGAACCUUCAGGAAAAUGAAAAUGUAAUGCUCCUGUCAAUUAAAUUGAAUAAAGUUAAAGUCUGGGUAACUUCAGUGUGUAAAUGCUGCAAAGCUGACAUGCAGUUUUGCGGCAUAGUAUUGCCUCUUCAUAAAGUUUCAUAAAAUCCUUUAUUUCAAAACUA